AUGGCCACUUCACGGAAUGCUAAGGCCACCUUACUGGCGUUGAUUCUCUUGGUCGACAUAUUUUCAUUCUCCGCUCUUGUCGAAGCUAGACCUAUGGCCAUAGCGCAACCAGAUUUUGAAGGUUACCAUGGCAGGCUGGGACAGGGUGUAGCCGCUGGCCUCGCCGAGGAGCUCAGCUCGCAAGAAACGUCUGGCGGUAACCAAGACGACAGCGUCACGCACAUCCAGCCCAGACAACAGUCUGAUAUCGACAGCACUGCCACUGGUGACACCACUACGGGAAAUGCCGCCACAGGCAAUACUCUAUCAGGAAGCACGACAUCUGGAAACACUUGGACCGGCAAUAGCUUUGCUGGAACAGUUGGUUCCGGGAUCACAGUCACUUCAUCCGGAGGCGGAGGUGGAGGUGGAGGCACUUCUGCCUCGCAGUCGAGCCCUGGCUCUAGCUCUCCAGGUACGGGGGCGAGCGGGUCUGGCACUCCAGCAUCUGGUGAUGGCAGCGGAGGCUCUGGCUCUGGCUCAGGAGGUACAGGAUCCGGCAGUGGAAGCUCUACGGACAGCUCUGGAGGCAGCGGGGGCUCUGACUCUGGAAGUGGUAGUUCUUCCACGCCUGCAGAUAAUAGCAGUGCAUCUACCCCCAGCAAUUCUGCAGGAUCUGGAACAGGUACGGGGAGUUCUGGGUCUGGAGGCUCUACUGGCGGCGCCUCAGGAGUCUCCACAGCGGUCAGUAGCGGUUCCGUCAGCGUGAACGUGCCAGCCUCCGGCGGCAGCGGGGUUUCUGUUAGUACAACGCGGUCGACUACAGAAGAUCCCGCGCCUGGGGGCGGAAACACCAACACCAACAGUGGCGUCAACAAUGGAGCGACCAACACCGGCAGCGGCAGCGCUGUCAAUGUCGUUACGGGCUCAGCCACCGGCGAGAAUAGUGGUGGCGGUAAAAAGGCCGAAGACAAGGGGACGAUCAGUACGCUACUUGACAAGCUGACCGAGAUCAUCCACACUUUGCGCUGA